GUAACCAUGAAAAGUUGAGUAAUACGGAGCGAUAUAUUUCGUAUUUAGACAACUUCAAUUAUUGGACUUCCUGAGCAAAAAUCAAUAGCACUUUGGUGUUAUCUCUAAAUCAAUGUAUCUCUAUUUUACAAAAAUGAUGCUUAAGAUUCACUGCAAUUUCAAUAAAUAGCAAACUGAUUUACGACUUAGCAUAGUGGUAUCUUGUUGCAUUAUCAUCUAAUUAUCGCUUUGCAAAUGAAACUCACACCUGACUGUGUCAAAGCCAUAUGUGAAUAAAAGCCUUUCACAAUUAAAAUCACUUUUUGUUUGACCUUUAGGUUGUUUCAGUGUUUUAUUCACCUAUGUGCCUAUCUCAUUCGUUAGACGUACCUCUUAUUACCAUGUUCGAUGGUUAGCUUCUUGCAGUCAAUAAUCUUAUUAUUCUCUACAGUGGUUAGCUUAUAACAGACUUCCAUUUUCUCAUUUGUUUUUUACAGACCCAGUUUAAGGAGAUUGGCAACGCUGUUAUCCCACGAGCUGAAUUAGCUUUCCGGUUAGUAACAAUAGAAGCUUUUAGACACUAUGUGAUUGGCUGCUUGCAACGCAUCGAAGGUGUCCAGUAUAAGAGAAAUACAUUGCAGUUCAAUAUAUGUCUUGUCAUUAAACCAAAAGCAACUGCUAAUCAGGAUGAUAUAUCACACUGGCAGUUCUGGGACGAUUAUUCAGCCGGCGGUUUGAGACCUAACGUCCAAGCAGCUUACGAGGCAUUAACACUAAAGAUUAAUAGAUAUUUUUAUGCUUUAGAAGAACAAUGUGGAUUUCUGUCUCGCUCAUUAGGACAUCAUGAAGGUGUAGAAAAGUGUGUAAAAUUACUCCGCCUUAAAUCAAUUUACAAACAAUUACAUGAAUCCGGAAUGUGUAUUCUUUCGUUUCCCAAUAGUGGCUCUUUGUACUUACGGUUUAGUCCUAGACAGGAUCAUGGGUCGUAUAGCAAUUUGUCAUUCGAUAUGUUUGAACUGGUAUCUGAGGAGAUUUUAAAAGAUAAUAAUGUUGAUGAUAAUGAUUGGGGAUUAGAAUUUGGUCAAAAAAUCCGACAGUUCAAUCUUCAUCAUAAUAAUCAAGUUGUUUUUCCUAAUUUCAAUCCUCAAAGUGAAUCAGAGAUUACUGAUAAUUGUGUGUUUGUUUUAAUCGCUUCUCCAACUUAUCAUCGUCAAUCUAAAAUGGGUUACAAUUUGAAUGGUGGUUGGAGACCAUUGGAUGCUGUGGCUCAACGUGUUUUACCUUAUAUCAACGGUAGACGACGUUUAAUUGAAUUGGCUCAGUUAGCUCAAUUAGAUGUGGCUAUAGCUCGUCUAUGUUUAAUUGAGCUUGCUCGAAUAGGAUUAGUUCGUGCGUUACCAUAUCCUACAUUUAUAAUGCAACUUCUUCAAGCUGAUAAGUUUCCCAACUCAACACUUAUUCCUGGAUGGCUAGGUUUACCACGACUGGCCACUCUACUUACAGACUCCUCUCUUAGCAAGAUGUGCUUGGAAACUGUGAUAGUGUUUAAUUCAAAUCGUCAUAAACUACAAAGUUUAUGUAUUCACGAUAUUUUCCGUCUGUAUACAAUCCUUUGUGGUUCAUCCAAUUUUAGUUUAUCAUAUUUAAUUUCAGCCAAUCCACAUAUUCGAUUUAUUGAAUGUUCAUCUUACAUGAACUCAUCAUCAUCUUCUUCUACAUCAUCAUAUCAUUCCCUUCCUUUUGUAAGAUCAUCAAAACUUUGUAAUUGUCAUGCAUCUUAUCAUCAAACACAUCAUCACUGUAAAAUUAGUUUAUUAAGUCUUGUACAAUUUGGUGAAGUAAAUGGUUUAAUAAGACGAAUUCAGUGUUAUCCUAUAAGUGAUAAAUUAGAAUUAUCUGCUGAACAACAAAUUAAAUAUCGGAUGUCAUCAUCACUUAUGUCAUCAAAAGAAGCAAUUCCUUCAAUGAUGACAACAACUACGACAACUCUUACCACAACCAGUAGUAGUACGAGUUCCAAUACAAAUAUGCAACAACAAUUAAUGCAAUUUCAAACUAAAAAUUCUUCAUCUGUAUUACGACAUAAUUCACGUAAAUUUACUAAAAAACCACAAAUAAUUAAUGAACAAACAUGGUCUAUUUCAAAAUCUCUAUUAAUGGAUGGUCAGCAUAGUUUAGAUUCAAUUAUUACAUUUUUAUUAACAAACAAUGGUAAUACAACAAAAUAUUCUUCAUCUGGAUAUAAAGUACCAGAAUAUAUUAGUGAUUUAUUAAAUUUAUAUCGUUUUGAUGAAGAAUGUCUUACUAGACAAAUAUCUUAUUGUGAUCGUGAUUUAUCUUCGUUUAAUAGAACUAAAACUUCUAGUAGUUUCAGUUUUAGUCCUGAUGAAACUAAUUUUACCAUUCAUAAUAAUAAUAAUAAUAAUAGUCAAACUGUUGAAGAAGUUAUUGUACAUGAUCGAAUAUGGUCUAAGUCAGAAAAUAAUAUGACAACAUUUGUAGAACCAUUAAAUUUAGAUAAGAUAAACUUUAUAUUACCGGAUCUUUAUUGGAUGUGGCGUUGAAAUGAUUGAUUUUUGUUAACUUAUCACUUUUUCUUAUUUUAUUAAUAUAUUCCUCUUUGAUAUUUAUUCAUUGAUUUAUUUCAACAAUACAAUGUUGUACAGUGUAAAGUUAUAAAAUGAACUAAUAUUAUCUUUGGUUUCAUUUACUAUUAUGUAGUUGUUAUUAAGAUUUUGUUACUUAAUAAAACUCUUUCAUUCAAUUGUUAUCUGUUGAUUUUUGUACUAACCUCUGUUUUGAUUUAUUCAAUGAAAAUCUUGGCCGUAAUUCCCUUAAAACCUUUGAAUUUUACAUUUCAUUUAUUCUUCUUUAUCUUCAGAUUAUCUUGAAUAAGUCUUUUGAGAAAUAAUUUUAAUAAAUGGAAUACAUCCAUUAUGACAUUAAAUAAGAAAGAAAGAUUAGUUCAGCGAAGAAUUCUCUUUUCGGCGAAUUCAUUUUCAAAGCUGUACAAUCACCAUGUAUAACAUAAGUUUAUUAUCAGUAUUAUUAUCACCCUGUAAAAAUAAGUAUAUAUAUAUUUGCGAUUGUACAGCUUUGAAAAUGAAUUCGCCGAAAAGAGAACUCUUCGUUGAACUAAUCUUUCUUUCUUAUUAAAUAAUUUUAAAUAUGAAAUCUUAUUAAAUAACUUCAUUGAAUAUGUAUUCUAGUAUUAAUUAUAAAGCCUAUUGUAGAAUUAUAACAAAAUAUUGAUUGAAAGGAAAUGUCUCUUUGUUCAAUCUAUUCAUAUCGAUAUUUGUUUUAAUUUAUCAUUCUUAAAUGAUUUUAACUUUUGAUAUUUUGUACAAAUUAUGAAAAUAUACAUUUUUCUUAUGUA